AGAAAGAUUGCACCAGUGAGCAUAGCAUCCUCGGUUGGUUCUUUUAAACACGUGAAAUCAAGAUUCCCUUUUUACGAGAUGCAGACUGUGUAUUGUGUGUUUUGCGAAUGGAGAUAUUUAUUUUAGCCCGUAGUCUAAUGGGUGCUUAUUGGUGUACAUCGCUAAAUACACUUUUAGAGGUGUUUCCUACUUUGCGUUCUUGAACAGACCCCAGUUAGUGAGCACCCCGAUAUUGCUCAAGGGGAAUAAUGGCUGCUCAAGAGCCGUCUCCACCAUCUUCGCUGGAAGGAAACAAACCAGGCUUCCCAAAGAAAAUUUUGGCCAACAACCUGGAGGACAAACAUUUGUGUAAUUCUUGCCUGAAAAUCCUGCGAAGGCCCUUACAGGCGCAAUGUGGACACCGCUUUUGUUCGUUCUGUUUCAACCAAAUAGUGAGUUCUGGACCUGAGAAAUGCAAUGCUUGCCUUAAAGAAGACUUAUUCGAGGAACCCACCUCGAUUCUCAAACAAGGAGGCGCUUUUCCAGACAAUGCAGCUCGGAGAGAAGUUGAGGCCUUGGCAGCUGUUUGCCCCAAUGAAGGAUGCACAUGGACGGGGACUAUUAAAGAUUUUGAGGCCUGCCAUGAGGGCCACUGUGACUUUGCUAUCAUCUUGUGCCCUUCCUGCAAAGAGUUGAUGAGAGCCAACGAACAGGAACGUCAUGAUGAGCGAGAAUGUCCUGAGAGGACACUCAACUGCAAAUACUGUAAAGAACCAUUCCUUUUAAAGAACAUCAAGGCUCAUGAUGAAAUUUGCCCGAAGUACCCAAUGAUCUGUGAAGGUUGUGCAAAGAAAAAGAUACCCAGAGAAAAGUAUGUGGACCAUAUUAAGUUCUGCAGUAAAUUUAAAGCACCAUGCAGAUUUCAUGUUGUUGGCUGCGAUACGUCUGUGGAGAAGGAGAAGAUCCAUGAACAUGAGCGUCAAUGUUCGUACGAACACCUUAACCUGCUUCUGCAUUUCAUCAUGGGCAUCAAAGUGAGCCUGGAGAGCCUGCAGCCUCAGAGCCUGGAGGUAGCUGGCCACAAGCUACAGGAGCUCCACCAGUCCCUGAGAGAUUUAGAACUCAAGAUGAGCCAGCUUGGUGGAGGUGGUGCUGGGGCUUCCACCUCCAUCACACUACCCAGCACUGUGGGUGCUACCCUGGAGCUGCAGCUCCAAGGUGAAAAGACCAAGGUUGUUGAGUUGAGCCGACGCUGCCAAGAGCUGGAGCUAAAAAUCAAUACGUUCGAGAACAUCGUUUGUGUCCUCAACCGAGAGAUGGAACGCUCCUGCACCACCAUGGAAGCCUACAAUCGACAACACAGACUGGACCAGGACAAAAUUGAGAUUCUCAACAACAAGGUUCGUCAGCUGGAGAGAACUGUGAGUCUGCGGGACUUGUCCAUUGUAGAGAUGGAGGGGAAGAUGAGGGACAUGUCCGCAGCUACAUAUGAUGGGAUCUUCGUGUGGAAAAUCUGCGAUUUUACAAAGAAGAGACAGGACGCUAUCGCUGGACGAGCUCCUGCUAUGUUCUCUCCUGCCUUUUAUACAAGUAAAUAUGGCUACAAGAUGUGCUUGCGUAUCUACCUAAAUGGUGACGGGACAGGAAGGGGGACCCAUUUAUCUUUGUUCUUUGUGGUGAUGAGAGGACACAGUGACGCACUCCUUAAGUGGCCUUUUAAUCAGAAGGUCACCCUAAUGCUGCUCGACCAGAACAACAGGGAGCACAUAAUCGAUGCUUUCCGGCCUGACAUCUCAUCCUCAUCCUUCCAGAGGCCUGUGAGUGAUAUGAACAUUGCCAGUGGCUGCCCGCUCUUCUGUCCGCUCUCCAAGCUGGAAUCUAAAAACACUUAUAUUCGCGAUGACACCAUCUUCAUCAAGGCCAUUGUAGACCUCACUGGGCUCUAGGUUUAAAACAGGCAUUUGCAUUACCUCUAAAUGACAUUUUUCUUUAGGGUCUGUUGAGUUUCGUUGUCAUCUGGCAAGAUACAGUAUAAGAGUAUUUCUCAUAGUGUGCCAAUCAAAGACAGUGUUUUAAAAACAUUAGCACAAAUAUGAUUUACCACUUGCUGAGUCUACUUAAUCAGUACCGUAUUUUCGCGACCAUAGGGCGCACCAUUAUAAAAGGCGCAGUCUCAGUUACGGGUGCUAUUUCUGUAUUUAACGUAUACAUAAGGUGCACCGUAUUAUUGGGCGCAGGCAUGGUAAAACAUACGCUAGCUUAAAACAGACGGUAGCAUGCAUUCACAUUGUUUUAAAAAGGCAGAAGGAACAAAGCUGAGUUCAGUUGUACU